GAAGAAUAUCAAAAAAAUUUGGCUACUGGUACCCCAUUCGAUCAUGAAGAGAUUCGCAAGAAGGCAAUGGAAGACCAGCCAUUUUUCAUGAAGUUGUUCGGUCCGGACCUGAUGUCAGAAGAGCAGAAGGAAAAAAUCGAAGAGACGGCUGAGCAAUUUGAAAGGAUAGUGCGACAAACAAACACCAAGAAUAUUCAAACUGAACCACCAACUUUCUUUGUUGCUGGUACACAAAUGGAAAAUCUCGCUAAUGUGAGUCCCACGACCAAUUAUCGUAAAAUCCCAGUAAGAAUGGGCAUUAGUGUAUUAUCUAUAGAGCAUGGCUUGUGA